AUGCUGCGCAUUCUCACGGGAAAUCCAAACCAGUCCUCUAAAGCAAUCCCUUUCUUCCAGCCAUCGUACAUGCCAUAUCAGGAGUCCUUGUUGAAGCUUUCUCCUUCCAUGUUUGGCCAGCAAGCUUCAGAUCAGCCUGUCAAAGAGGAUGUACGCUCCAGGGAGCAGAGAAUUGAGAGAAUGGACAGUGGUAUUGGUGAUGCUCUUGCUGGUCAAGCAACACUGCUCCUUCCUAGAAUGCCACAAUAUCCAAUGCUUCUGUCGCCAGAAUGCAAUAUUGGCGCGCAGGUCCUUCUUCCAAAGAUGCCUCAAUAUCAAAGACUUCCACCGCCAGAGUCCAGAAUUAGGAACCAGAUCCAGAAGCACAAGGAGGAUACUAUAGACUUUUCCCUUAAGACUUCGUGUCAGCAAGUUUCAGCUCGGCCUGUCCAGAAGGGCGUACCCUUGAAGAACCAGCAAAAUAUUGAGAGAAAGCACAGCAAAAUUAGUGGACCUGUUCUUACUACUGAGGCAGUACGGAUCCUUCUUCCAACGACGCCUCAAGAUCAAAAACCCCAAUCUCUAUCAAAAGAACAUGAUAAAGCAGUCGCAGUUUGCAAAGAAAUGAACGCCAUCAGAGACCUCUGCGCAAAAUACCCUGAGAGUGAUGUCUACAACAUGGACGAGACUGUUCUCUCUUGUAGAUACGCCAUAUAUGGUGAUCUUGUUCCAGAAUCAGCGAAGGACAGCUCGCAAAUAACCCUGGCACUAUGCGUGAACGCCACCGGCUCAGAUAGACUUCCUGUCUGGGCUAUAUCAUCUGAGAAGAAGCCUGUUUCUAUUGAUGGGUUGGAUCCCAAAGCUUUCGGCGCUUCGAAUCAUUUUUCAAUAACGGAGAGCGAGGUUGCCACUCUUGCGUACAUCCGUCAAUAUACCACGAUCCCUGUGCCGAACGUGCUAGCCUACUGCUCGUCAGCAGAGAAUGAGCUUGGUUUUGAGUGGGUUCUGAUGGAGAAGACCGAGGGUGUCCCCUUGGCCGAUGUCUGGGAUGGGAUGUCCUUCGACUCAAAGGCAAGCCUGACGGUAGGUAUUUGUGAACGCCUGAAAGUUCCCCAAGAUCUUCGGUUUAUUAAGAUUGGAAAUCUGUAUUUCUCCUCGACUCGGGAACGAGUGGGCACGAAUGCCUCCGUCGAUGGAACAGACUUUUUGAUCAGCCGUUUUGUUUCUCCUUGGUUCUUCAGAGACAAGCGCAUAUUUCUUUCAGGCGACUGUGGCCCUUUCUCAUCCUCGUAUGAAUUCAUGACGGCCAAAACGCGGAUGCAGAUCGAGCGGAUCAAACACCUCUCUCCACCCCCUACCGAUGAUUAUUACUCUGAGACCAAAGAAGCUCUAGCAGAGGCGCAUGAUGGUGUUUUGGAUGCGUGUUACAGCCUAGAGGCACUAGUACCUCAUGUUUUCCCUUCGUCCAGUCGGCACGACGAGGUUAAAGUGCUUUACCAUGACGACCUUUCAGCUUCCAACAUCAUUGUGGAUCCGCUGUCCUUUCAUGUCACUGGAAUCGUAGACUGGGAAUGCAUCUCUAUACAUCUUACUUGGGAAGCGGCAGAGCGUCCCUUCUUUUUGAGAGGCAUUGAAGUGAAAGAGCCGCCACCUCCCCGAACCCCAGGGGGUGUCGAACCUGAGCUCAGUGAGAUACGGAAGGACUGGGAGAAAGUCUUACUUCGCCAUCUGUACCAAAAGACCCUGCAGGAUGACGUUGAAUUAUCGCCGGACAUAAUGCACAAACAGAAGUUCUCUGAUCGCUUAGAGGAUAUCGAGACGACUUGGACAGCUUCCCGAUCUUGGGCACGAAAAAAUGCUUGCAGCUGGGUUACUGACAGGUCCAAGUACAUUGUAAUCAUAGUUUCAGGGGCAAAGCCUUCCUUCUCCGACUUUGGCAUGGCGAUGCUGCCCGAGUUUACCAGCGCUCGCUUAUCGCCAAGCACCUGGUUUCAAACACCAGGCUAUCUAAUUUACAGGUAA